AUGACAGCCCCUUUGACCAUCGUCGUAAACGGUGCAAACCGCAGACUCGGACGAGGCAUAGUCCAACUCCUCGCAUCAACCAAACACCCCCGCCCCCUCCACAUACAUGCAACGUCCCGCUCUGGUACCAAUCUCGAUAUCACACCCUCACACGCCAACACCAUCUCCUACAGCACUCUCGAUAUAUGCUCUCCCACAUCAAUAUCCACUUCCCUCCAAACCAUGCUCAAAUCCAACACCGCCAUCGAAAUCCUCAUCAACAACGCCGGCGUAUGA